AUGAAGUUGUUUGGUGCUCUCCUCGUCGCGUCCGCUGCCGCCACCAAGCAGUCCGUGAGCACGCUCUCGGCUGAUGAGCAAUCCGAGCUGCGAGCUGAGUUGAGCAAGUGGCGGGAAGAGUUUGGACCUGCCGCUGCGGAGCGGGGCUUGCUGCCCCGCGCCUCCGAAAGUUCGAAUCCGAUUGAGGCGGAAAACGACGAGCUCCAGCGGUUCUACGACAACAAGCUCGCGAUCGAAGAGGCCCGUCGCAACAACCCCGAAGCCACGUUCGACUACAACCACCCGUUUGCUCUCAUGACACAGGCUGAGUUCAAGAUGUUUGUGGAGGGUGUGUCGAUGGAGGAAAGCCGCAGUGCGUUCCGCUCGGUCCCCGAGGCCGACUUGAACGUGACCAGCGUCAAGGCGGCGUCGGUGGACUGGACCACUGGCAAGUGCGUCAACCCCGUGCGCAACCAAGGCCAAUGUGGGUCGUGCUGGGCGUUUUCGGCCGUGGCGCGGGGUGCAACGGCGGGUGGCCGUACGCCGCCAUGA